CCCAGCGGCCCCCGGAUAUUCCGCGCAAGCUCCGGCCGUUAUUAUUGAUCGAAACAUUUCGUCCGAUGGUCGCCUCAGGAUACCACGAACGGUCCGCGCACACCGUAAAUAUUCGUUCAGUGCGUCGUGGCCGAGUGACUUACGCGGAUAAAAGCGUAUCCAAAUAGACGGGGGAUAAACGUGGCCGAACAUGGUCGGAGGAGUGACGGAAGACGGACCUGUGAUUCGACCCGUCGAUUUCGUGUCGACGACGACCAUAGUCGCACUAUGUAUAGGCGCCGUUUUCCUACUUUGCGCCGUCGCGAUGACCUGGUGGCUUUGUCGACGACGUCGCGAGCACACCAAACUGAAUUCCGACAAGUCCCUGGCGUUCAGGCCACCCCACAGGAAACCGACGGCGGUUAAAAGUCCUGGAAGCACCAGCCACUACCUGAAGAAGAGUCCAAGCCCGACCGGACCCGCGAAAAGUCCUCCAGGUUCCGGUGGACAAACACCAAGCCCUACCGGGUCUCAAUCGUCGAAUCCUGGUUCACAACCUAGAACACCACAGGGUACAGGUACACCUGCCCAGACACCCUCCGGCGAGGUAACAUUGAGUAUCGAGAAUGAACAACGGGACAAGGCUGAAAUCGAGAACAAUGAGAAAACGGAACGCGAGAAAAAUCACGCGACAGAGAAUAACAAAGACAACCUCGGUCAGCUGAUGUUCAAACUGCGAUACGUAAGCGAACAAAAUGCUCUCGGGGUGACGGUGGUGAAUUGCAAGGGUUUACCCGCGAGGGAACAAAAUGCCACCAGCGAUCCUUACGUGAAAUUGAAACUGUUGCCUGAUAAGCAGCAUCAGGCGAAAACCAGAGUGCUCAGAAACACCAGAGAUCCUGUCUACGACGAGGACUUCACAUUCUUCGGGAUAUCGAAGGAUCAGCUUCAGAAAAUCAGUCUACACUUUAUAGUGCUUAGCUUCGAUAGAUAUUCUCGAGAUGAUAUUAUCGGUGAAUUGACAUGUGCACUUUCGACGGUGCCCGGCUUGGAGGAGGCCGAUAAUCAAGCGAUAUCGUUGUGCCGAAAAAUAUGUCCUAGAAGUCUGAAGAUUCAAUCACAAGGUAGGGGAGAGCUGCUCGUCUCCCUUUGUUGGCAACCAAUCAACAGCCGAUUGACGGUAGUUGUGCUGAAGGCGCAAAAUUUGCCCAAGAUGGACGUGACUGGGUUAGCGGAUCCAUAUGUCAAGAUCUAUCUUCUGUACAAUUCUCAACGCAUUGCAAAGAGGAAGACGCGCGUAAAGAAACGUACCCUUAGUCCGGUAUUCAACGAGUCUUUCGUAUUCGAUAUUCCGAAUGGUGCUGAUGGUCUUAACAAUGUCAGCCUCGAGUUUAUGUUGAUCGAUUGGGAUCGCGUUACAAGAAACGAGGUUAUUGGACGACUUGAAUUCGGUGGGCCAGAAUGUCAAGGAUCCGCUUUGAAUCAUUGGAGAGAAGUUUGUAGCUCGCCGCAGAGGCAGAUCGCUGAUUGGCACAAAUUAAGGGAGUAAAUAAAUCUCUCCCGGCUCUAUCAAUUUUCCUGGAAUCCCAUCUCCAACUAUCCAAAAAGCCCCACGUCCUUCUCUAUUGUAAAACCACCAAUCCAACCCCUUGAAACCCUACGAUGAAGUAGGGUAUCUGUUUUGUAAACCUAAUACUCGAUGUAUAUUAGGCUUGAAGCGAGUGGCGGCACGUCCACCCGCGAUCGAUGCAACUGCGGAUGCACCACGUGAAACAUCUAAUCGUUACGUGUCGGCAUGAAGCGAGUACGAAGAGUAACUUCUGAUCGCACGAUAAUUUCCGAAUACAACCAGGCAUCGAUUCGAUAACGAAACUGCACUUGCUUCUCUCGAUUUAGAUACCGAGGAAAUCGAUAUUAUCAACUGAUAUUUUUCUUUAAUAUUUUUCUUGAUUUGAGUUAUUUCUAUAAAUAUAAAUUUUCAUUUAAUAAAAAAAUGAUUUGUUUAAUAAAUUUUUUUCUUUUCUGUGAUUAAUAACAGUACAUUAUAUAUAGACAUUUAUCAAUAUUCUAUUCAAAAUAAAUCAAUAAUAUCAAGAUUACAACAAUGAUAUCAAUUAGAUUAAUAAUAAUUGAAGAUUUACAAUCGAAAAUUGAUUCUUCUAUGUUUCUAGCUCUCGAAGAAAAUAUAAUAUUCACUCGUUUAAAGUUGCGAUAAGAAUUAAUAUCGCUCAUUCGUACAUUCAAAUCGAUAUCGAUACGAUCGAUUGGAUACGAUCGAUAUCGUUUCCAUUAUCGAUAUCGAUUAAUCGAACGAAGAAUCAAAUUUUAAUCGACCGUCGAUUGCAUCUUCAUUUAUCGCAGUAGCAAACGAUCGCGGGAGAAACGCAUACAAAAUGCUUUACGAUAAAUAUAGUUGUUAAGAUUUCCGACCAGAUGGCAAAGGGAGGAGGAAAAUGAAGCAGUUAAAUAUGAAGCAAUCGAACGUUUGCUGAUUGAUGAACAUCGCUGCACAGGGUCGUGCUGUCGAAAGUUGGUUGCAUUUUAAAAAAAAUUACGUUAAAGAAAAAUUUUUAAAUCAGUGAUUCUCAAUUUAAAUUGCAGAUGAAACAUAUAUUAAAAUAUUACUAUUUUUAUGUAAAGAAAAUAAUGUAAUAUAUUUUUAAAAAAAUAGCAUUUAUAACUUGAAAUUUAUGGAACUUGAAUUUUUGUUCAAUAAGAAGAAAGAUUUUACAUGACCCUGUGAUCAUAAAGAUCAUGAAAAUCGUCGUUUUUGAAAAAGUGAAUAAGAAUUAAUUGUAACAGAGAAUAUCGAAAGUCAUGAUACACUCGCAACUAUGUUUAUUUCGCUUGUCGUCAAGAUACAAGAAUCUCUCCAAAAUAUUUAUCAAACAUAUUAUAAUAAACGGGAACAAUCUUACAAUAUAAUUUUCUGUCAGACUUUGUUCUUAGCAGAAAAAAAGAUUCAAGUAAUUUUCAAUUAAUUUUGAUUAUUAUUUUUCGAUCUUUAUAAAAAAUAAAAUUUAAAAUUUUAGUAGAUAAUAACCUCAAAUAAUAAAUAAUUUCCGAAUCGAUUAUAUAAUAAAUGAGUGAAGUAUAUUUUGUGGAGCGAUUCUUGUACAGAAAGUAUGCAAGCACCACGAGACGUGGAGAUGUUGAAAACAGCAUAAGCAUCAAUUAAACUUAAAAACAAUAUUACGAUUAUUCGUUCCUGUUCCAAAAUUCCCUAGCUCCACGUCAACUGGCCGAAUGAUAAUUUGAUUAUUAAGAAUAAGGAAAACUACGAUUGCUAAACGCAAAAAUCAGCGCCAGCUUUUCCAUUAAAAAAUGUCAAAAAUUUUUGAUGCGUCUCUCUCCUCAAAAUAAAAUUUUUAAAAAACAUUCAAUAAAGUUCUCAUACUACUUGCUGCAGCAGAAAGUGCUGUAUCAAGUACAUAAUAUAUGUAUUUGCAUAGGAGAGAAAACAAUAUAUAUUGCUAUAAAAAGUUUAUGGUGCAUUAGAUUAUUCGUAUAUUUUACGCUGUUAUAUUCAAUUUUUUAUUUCUUGCAAAUAAAUAGUUGAUUUUAUAUUCGUGACAAAAGUGAAGUAUUUUUUUCUUCACUUUAUUUGUGGAACGGGGUCGAGGAAUUGUGACGUUGUUUUAAAGUGCCAAUGAAGUCGCCAUGCUUUGCGAUUGUAAAUAUGUAACUUAUGUUUAAAUAGAAAAAAGAAUGAUCGAAAUCUUUAUUUAAUUAAGAAGUCAUUGUGGUUUCAAUUGCUAUUAAUGAAAAAAUUAGAAUGUACAACUAUAGUUUAUGAAAAAAAAUCCAUUUGCACAGAAUAUAACAAGAAAAUAUAACAAGAAAUGUCAAGUAGUAAUCUUGUUGAAAAAUUUUUAAUGAUAGUUAAUUAUUAUUAUUAUUAUUAUUAAAUAAUCAUAAAAAUAGCAAAAGUCAGCUUUCAACGAGUGAAAGUAUUAUUAACAUUGCUUUAUGCAAUCAAAUUACAUAUUAUUUUAAAAAAAACUUUAUUAUUUGACAAUGUAUUGAUGUACCUAUUGUUAUAAAUAGAAAAUUAUUUUUAUUCAAUUAAUAUUAUAUUUUUUACUUAUUUGAUGAAUUUAAAUAUAUAUAUAUAUAUAAGAAUAUAAUUAGAAAGAAUUCUAAUUACAAAUUAAUAGUUUUUAAAUCAAUUUCACUGAAAAAUAAAUCAAUGUAUGCGUACGAGGUAUAUCAUUUAAUUAUGUGAAAAAAAUUUUUGUUUACAGACCCCGUUCGCAUAUACAACACUGCGAUGAAUAACGAAUAUCGAUUAAAAUAUUAUACGUUUGAAUUUAUCGAAAAAAUAUAAAAUUAAUUUAAAUUUAAGAUAAUUUUUAAUACACAUGGAUUAUAUGGAAAUAUUAGCGCUUCACAAUUA